AUGGCGGGCAAACUUUUCAGCUUAGGAAAUCCGAUAAUCGCAUGGUCACAUUUUUUCACAAUUUUUCAACUUUCAAUACACCUUGAAAAUGGCAAAAGCGUCUAUUUCACUGAUCAAAAUGCUCGCGAAAGACUUGAAAAUGUUAGAAACACCACUCUUAUGGUUUUUUUUGAACUUUGCUCCCAUGACGAAUUCGCAAAAACAUUGCUUUAUAUUGAAGUUCCAUCUUACUACACUUUUACUAAUAAUCGUUUCAAUAGAAUAAAACAAAGAGAGCCAAUUGUAGAAUACCCUGGAGUCAAGAAAUCUAAUGUGCUCGGUCAAGUAUACAUUAUUCAUCCAAGUAAUGUUGAGUAUUAUUAUUUACGUAUGCUUUUGCUUCACGUCCGUGGACCAACUUUAUUUUUAGAUUUAAAAACUGUUGAUGACGUUAUCCACCCUACAUUUCAAAGAGCUGGCAAAGCGCUUGAUCUGUUACAAGAUGAAAGUCAUUGGAAUUCUACUCUCGAAGAAGCUGCUUUAAAUCAGUGUCGAAUCUAA